UCCAUAGCCUUCCAAUCCCGUCUGUCAUUCCUUACUAGCGAAAUGUCUCCGCCCCCGUGUCAGCCUUCCCAAACUGGAUGCUUGUUGUCUGUCCCAGCGGAGAAAGGAUCGAUCCAGCUUUACGUUAUUCAAAGAACACAUUCAGGCUGAGAACAAUGCCUUCUGAUUGACAUCAACAGCACUAAGUCCAUCAUGAACAGCGAGGAAGAGUUCUAUGAUGCUGAGACAGGUUUGGAAUCUGACGACUCGUGUGAAGUCAGCUAUAAAGAUGCCAGCAAGCAGACAGCGAAUGGCAAAGUGCCAUCUGAGAACGGUGUUUGGGAGAGACGGACUACUCUCCCAGCACCCAUGUUCUCCAGAAAUGACUUCAGCGUAUGGGGCUUCCUGAAGAAAUGCAUCGGAAUGGAGCUGUCGAAGAUAACAAUGCCUAUUGUUUUCAACGAACCGCUGAGCUUCUUGCAGAGAAUUACAGAGUACAUGGAACAUACAUACCUCAUCCAUAAAGCUUGUACACUUUCAGACUCCUUCGAGCGUAUGCAGUUUGUUGCCGCGUUCGCCGUUUCUGCUGUUGCAUCACAAUGGGACAGAACUGGAAAACCUUUUAACCCUUUGUUAGGAGAGACGUACGAGCUCAUGAGGGAGGAGGAGGGUUACCGCAUGAUCUCGGAACAGGUCAGCCACCAUCCACCAAUCAGUGCCUUCUACGCUGAGUCACUGAAUCAGGACUUUUCGUUUCAUGGCUCUAUCUACCCAAAACUCAAAUUCUGGGGGAAGAGUGUGGAGGCGGAGCCUAAGGGCACCAUGACGCUCGAGCUGUCAAAGCACAAAGAAGCAUACACAUGGACAAACCCUAUGUGCUGUGUGCAUAAUGUUAUCCUGGGUAAACUCUGGAUUGAGCAGUAUGGAACAGUGGAAAUAGUUAACCACAGCACGGGGGAUAAAUGUGUGCUGAAUUUUAAGCCUUGCGGCAUGUUUGGCAAAGAGCUGCACAGAGUAGAGGGACAUAUCCAGGCCAAGAGUAAAAAGAAGCGUCUGGUUAUCUAUGGGAAGUGGACUGAGUGCGUGUACAGCAUUGAGCCAAAAGUCUACGAAGCCAAUAAGAAAGCGGAGAAGAAAAGCGGAGGAGAUUCCAAGAAACACAAGCAGGAGCAGAGUCCAGGUGGUGAUGAUGCGGAUGAGAUGCCAGAUGUCCAGGAGACGGUCACUAUGAUCCCAGGCAGCACGUUACUGUGGAGAGUGGCCCCUCGACCCCCAAACUCCACACAGAUGUAUAAUUUUACCAAUUUUACCAUGACGCUCAAUGAGCUGGAGCCCGGCAUGGCUGGAGUCAUCGCACCAACAGACUGUCGUCUGCGACCAGACAUCAGAGCAAUGGAGAAUGGUGAUAUAGACACUGCAAGUCAAGAGAAGGAGAGACUGGAGGAGAAGCAGAGAGCUGCUAGAAGAGAACGUGCUAAAGAUGAGGCCGAAUGGUCCACAAGAUGGUUCCAGCAAGGCAAUAAUCCUUACACUGGAGCAGCAGACUGGAUCUACAAGGGUGGUUACUUCGACAGGAGGUACUCUGAUCUUCCAGACGUCUUCUGAUUUGGUCGGAAGGAUGAAGAGAGGUUGUGACAGGGGUUUUCAAACUGAGGUCCGGGACCCCCAGGGGGCCUCCAGAAGGUUGCAAGGGGUCCCCCAGAAGGUUGCAAGGGGUCCCCCAGAAAUGUUCUAGGAAAAAAUGAUAAAAGUUCACAGUGUGAACACCCCUGGGUUGUGACACUAGGAUUUGUUGCUGUUGUGAAACUCACUUCACAGAUAGAGGCCUGAAUUUCCACUGUGGUGCAAUGCUGGCUUUACAUAGUUGAACAUGGUAUAUUGUGACUUUUUACUACCUUUGUAUAGACCACCACAAUUCGUGACAAAAAUGCACUUAUGAAUUUGCUAAUUUGUAAGCUAGCAAUAUUAAUGAUAUCUGUCAGACCUCACUGAUUAAUAAAGUUUUUGUCUUUAAAGUCAUAUGGAAUUGACAAACAUCAGAUCAGAAUUUUUGACAAACCAUUUGGAAGAGGUUCCAUAAUAUGUAAGACGGCGAGAAAAUUGUGAAUUAUAUAUUGUUGUGCAUUAACCUAAAAUGUGAACUGAUCUUUAUCAAAUGUCCUUGAUAAGGGGAUCUAAUUAAACACAUAAUAGAAAAAACUCCUUGUCUGUGUCU